AUGUUUGGUGAUAAUAGUGUAAUACCAUCGGUUUAUUAUAUUUUUGCCAGUAUAGCUGAUAUUAGUGGAGUAUUAUUCAAUAUAUUUACAUUGAUCUUUAUAUCAUUUACAAAUUUAGGUUCAAAAUCUUCUACCAUCCUAUUUUGUACACAAUGUGGUUUCGAUGGAUUGGCCUGUUUUUUUGCAAUCAUUACAUUAUUUACAAGUGUGGAUAUUGGCAAUUAUAAUGAUUGGUUUGCUGUAUUUUUAUGUCGUAUAUGGAUUUCUGAAUAUUGGACCAAAUUAAUUGAAUUGUUGAAUGUAUCCAAUUUAAUGUGGAUAAGUAUUGAUCGAUUCUGUGCUGUUUAUCUACAAAUAAAAUAUAAAGCUUUUCAAAAAUAUGAACUUUUCAUAUGUUAUACAUUUAUAUUAUGUCAUGCAAUUUUAACUCCUAUACCAUUUAUAUUUACAGUGAAACAUGAAAAUGAUACUUGUAAUAUCACUGAUUUAGCCUAUGAUUCACAAUAUGCAAAUUUUCUUGUUUUCAGUUGGUUUGUAUUUGCUUAUAUAAUUCCUUCAGUAGUAAUGAUUACUUGUUAUUCUCGAGUAUACUGCAUUAUCAAACAUUCAGUAGUACAAUCUCAAGCUAAUAAUUCUUCAUCAUUUACAACUGAAUGUAGUACACAGAUUGGGAAUACUUCAACAUUUUCACAACUCCAAACAUCAACCCAUAAAUCAGCAUCAAAACCAUCUUCAUCUCUGAGACAGGUUCAAUCUGUUCUACUAAGUAUAACAUUGAUGUGUAGUUUAUUUGUUUUAAGUCAUUCAUACUAUCAUAUUUAUUCAUUAUUAAGUUUGUUUGGUGCAAUAGAAUACCAAGCUAUAUCGUUACAAAGACGUUUAUCAGUAUUUUUCACUGUUAUUAACAGUUCUUUAAAUCCAAUCAUUUUAUUAUUGUCAAGUCAAAAAUUAAGAAGAAGAUUAAUUAGAUUCUUUCGUAAAUUUUGUUUUAAAAUGAAAUUUUCAAAGAAUUCUAAUACAGUAAUAAGUACAAUAGAUAGUACUACAAAAACUUCUGGAGACUAA